AUGACCAUAUAUAGCUACUUCAUCAACGAAGAUGAUGAGAUCCGCUCUCUCGAAAAUGCCGACUACUACUUCCACUAUUUCCUCACCAAGAACGAGCGCUACAACGACCGCCGCCGUUUUGCCUACAAUGAAGCCAUCGGCAAUGUGAUUCACUCUCGCCUCGAUGCCGAGUCACUCGCUUCCCUCCGUCUGCCCGUGGGAACCAAGCCCAUUGACCCUUAUGUCCCUAUUCGCAUCAGUCCCGACCUUCCCGAGCGCUCUCGAGUUGUUCUCAUUGUUGGGGAGGACAACCAGCAGUUCGGUGUCCUCGCCCACCGUGUCCUGGGUGGCAAAGGUGGCAUCACCAAGGGCUCGAUCCUCAACCUUGUCCAGGCCUUGAAGAAGCAACCCUCUUCCUCGACUGACCCUACGCCCCCGGGAAUCAUCAUUGCCAACCCUAGUGAGUUGUGGUGGUGGCCUGAGGGCAAGAGGGGGUUGACGCCUGUGGACCGCCAUUACAUUCCCAUGACCAGCGCGGUUCACCUUGGUCGCGCCUACGACAAGGCCAGAAAUGGGAUCCCCAAGAAUAUUACCACUGCGGAGCACGUCAAGUGUGUUUUUGAGGAGGUGGUAGACAAGUUGGUUGGGAAGGACGCCAAGUUGGAUAUUAUUGCUGUGGGCAAUUCGGCAGAGGAGGUGGAGAAAUAUCUAAACGAUGAUGAGGUCUGGAAGAAGUUUGGGACGAUGAUGGGGGCGAUGGUAGUGUUGGGAGGGUUUUAUCACUCGGAUGAGUUCAAGUGUGAGGGGUUCAAACAGUUUAUGCAAGAGAGAGCUCGCGCCUAUGCCAUCCACCACACACCCCUUGACAACCCUAUUGCCGGGUCUUUUGGCAACCCCGGUGCUCUUGGGUUUACCUCCUUUGGUUGCCCUGCUUUCAGCGCUGGCGAGGCGAAUAUGACUGAGCUGAUGCUUAUUGAGACACAUCAUAGCGUUCUCAACUGGCUGGAGAAUGUUGCUUUGCUUGGGGAGGCGUACAGGAAUGAGGAUGUACAGAUCUAUGGAGAUGAUGAUGGAGUCAUUCCGGAGGAAGUUCUGCAGGCUUGGGGCGAGAAGGAUGUGGAGGAGACCGAGAAGCACAUGAAGGGGACCGAGAAGGAUAUGGAGGAGACCGAGGCCGAGAUUAAAAAGGACGAGUUGCAUGCAUUGGAGGAUGGCAAAUCUGGCCAUGAUAGCACUCCUAAGAAGGAGGUCGCUGUUAGCAAGGAGAGUUCACCCGGCUCAUCUCAGGACAGCAGAGUUGCUGCUGCUGAGAAGGAGGAUGAGGAGAAUGUGGUUCUCAAGGUCAAGGAUCUGAAGGUCACGGUGGAGGAUGGGGAGUAG